UAAAAGGGAUGCAAAGGACUUGGGGGAAGCCACAGUGCGCUGGAGCUUCAAAUCCCGGCUCCUCUCCUGCCUCUAGAAGCCGCACCGCUCACCGCCCUCGUUGCCGCAAUGAGCCUCCGGCCCAGCCGCGCCGCCCGCAUCCCCGGCCUCCCGGGCUCGCUGCGCGCGCUGCUCUUGCUGCUGCUGCUGACGCCGCCGGGGCCCCUCGCCAGCGCCGGUCCCGUCUCAACCAUAGUGAGGGAGCUGCGCUGCAUGUGUUUAACCACCACACCGGGGAUUCAUCCCAGAAUGAUCACUAAAAUGCAGGUGGUCGCCGCCGGCCCGCAGUGCUCCAAGGUGGAAGUCGUAGCCACCCUGAAGAACAAGAAGGAAGUCUGUCUGGACCCAGAAACCCCAGUGAUGAAGAAAAUCAUCCAGAAAAUGCUGGACAGUGGAAGAAAAACUGAUUAAGAGAAAGAACCGUGCAUUGGAAAAAUUGCCCAGUUCCUUGGCAGAGAGAGCAGUUUUCCGAGUGUCUCAGGACCCAGUGAAGACAAGAAGCAAGGACUAGUUUUCUCCAUAAAUUUCUUCAUAAAUUUCCCACUUUGAGAGGAGGAUGGUGAGGAGGUGCUGGUGUUUGUCCCUCCAACUUAAUGCUCAGCUCACGAAGUAUUUAACACAGUGUUUCCCGCUAUUUAUUUGUUGUUAUUUUAUCUGCUGUGCUAUUGAAAUCUUUGGCAAUUGACUAAAUUGUGAGUCAAGAGUCAGUAGUUGUUAAGCUUGCAAGGUGACUAUUGUAUUUUUAGAGUAUAUUCCUUACAGUGUUACUGAGAAGGCUCUGGGUUUAAUAUGUGAAUGAUAUUUCAUUAGAAUGCUGUAUGUGAAGAUAAGUUGUUAUCUUCAUGCCCCAUGAAAUAGGAAUAUUUUGGUAUUGUUUCUUGGGGAAUAUGUUAGAUUUCCUUGCUCUUGACUCUGGGAUGCUGAGUUAUAUUGCCUUAAAAAUCUGGUGUAUCAUGCAGUUAUCUGUAUAAAAUAUACUUCCUUAUUCAGAAUUUUUAAAUGUUUACACUCUAUAAGGACUAAUAUGUUCUUUUCCUAUAAUUUUAGACAUUUGAUGUCUUCUUAGUAUGGCAUAAUGUCAUGACUUACUCAUUAAACUUUGGUGUGAACUAACCAUUUCACUAGGAGUCCUAUAAUUCUAGUCACUAAAUAUAUGUUUUGGAUAGAUGAAGAAGCUAGGAAAUAGGCAAAUUACCUAUUUCUAGUUUUUAUAGAAAUGCAUUGUUUGCCUUUUUUAAGAAUAAAAGCAAACUUCACAAUGAUUUGUAAAGUUUUGAAAAGAUAUUUGAGCUAUUUAAAUACCGAUUCACAUGUAGUUUUCAAAAUAUAUACAGAGGUUAAGGUUUUGACCACUUUGUUAUAAAGAAUUAUCUAUGCGUCACUUACCCUGUGAUACUGUUUAUUGUGUGUCUCAUUGGUUUGUAGCACUUCUUUUGUGCUUUGGGGAAAAAAAAUAAAAGGUUUAUAAAAUUUA